ACAUUUUAGCAUAAAUAGGUUGCAGCAUAUGAUUUAGGACAUGUAGAUUUAGAACGAAUCAUUUUGACUCAACUACAAUGUGUUGGAACUUCCUAAAUCUUCCAUGCAGGGUAACUUUGCACCUGUUGACGAGAUCGGCAAGAUAACUGAGAUCUUAGAUAUUGCAGGAGAGAUUCCAACAAAUUUUCCUGAGGGUGUUUACAUAAGAAACGGUAAUCUGUCUAAAGCUCCCGCCAUCUUAAUUGAGACAUCACAAUCAUGUAGCAGAAUCAGAUGGCCUGCCUGCUGUGGGAUGCAGGUUCGAACCCUCUCUUUGGAGCCCUCCACUCGUCAAACUCCAUCUUCGGCAAGUCCCAUGACAUUUGGGUUGAAGGAGAAGGCAUGCCAUGCCUUGUACUUCACCAAGAGCAGCAACAACACAUGGUCAAUCUCAUACAACAACCGCUACGUGCAGUCCGAUACAUUUAGGCUUGAGAAAGGACUGAAGAAACCAUGCUUCCCACCUACCACUGACGGUGACCCUACAGCGAUUCUCAUCUCCGGUGUCUUGAAUAACCUGAGGUUCAGAAAGGCUUUCAAGAACAUGAGCAACACCAGCGUGUUUGAGCAUGCUGGGAGAAUCUUCUCAGCUGCAGAAAAUGACAACCCCAAUGAGAUUGACUUAUAUAGUCUUGACACACUGGGUACCUGGAAUGUUGAUGGUGGAUGGAAGAUGGCAUUCACUGCACACCCAAAGCAAAUGGGAACAAACUAAAACGGAAGGUUGCUAUCGAGCUAGAGAGAUGCACAUAUUGUCAUGAAAUAGGAGUGACUGCAACGUAUGUUCUUCCAUAACACAAGCUGUGUCUCUGCAACUUUUGUUUAGACAUACAGAACUGUCCCUUCAAAAAUUUAUACUCCCUCCGUCCCAUAUUAAGUGACUCAAAUUUGUCUAAAAAUGGACAUAUCUAU